AUGGCUUUCAAGAAGUUCAUCCUUCCCACUCUUGCCUUCGCCGGCGCUGUCAUCGCACAAAGUGACGACUGCCCUGAUGGUCCCUCGGUCGAGAUCUCGAGCUCGUCAGAUGCCCAGGUGCUCGCCAACUGCGAGAGAUAUGACGGAGAUAUCAUCAUCACCGAGGAAGCUUCCGGCACUCUCCAGAUCAACGGCGUCCAAGCCAUUUCUGGUGAUUUGAGAGCCAACAAUGCUACUCAACUCACUUCCAUCUCUUCUGACCAGCUCAACUCGAUUGGCGGCGUCUUCGAUCUCGAGCGUCUGACAAUCCUGUCCAGCCUGCAGUUCACCUCCUUGACCAACGUCAACGGCAUCAAAUGGAUCUCUCUACCCGCUUUGCAGUCUCUCAACUUCGGCCAGGGUAUUCGUCGUGCCAACAACGUCGAGAUCUCCGAUACCGCGCUCACCAGCCUUGACGGCAUCGAACUCGAGGCUGUUGGAACCAUGAACAUCAACAACAACAAUUACUUGGCCGAGGUUGAUGUCAACAGCUUGAGCAACGUUACCCGUGGCUUGACUUUCGCCGCCAACUCUCGUGACCUCAAGAUUUCUCUCCCCAACCUGGAGAGCGCAGCCAACCUGACCUUCAUCAACACCUCCGAUAUUAGCAUGCCUUCGCUCUCUGAGGUCGGUGGCUCCAUGGGUUUCUACUUCGGCAGCUUUGAGGAGUUUGCUGCUCCUAACCUGACCGAGACUGGCAACGACAUUGCCUUCGUCUCGUGCGGCAGCCUCAACAACCUGUCUUUCCCUGAGCUUACCACCAUCGGUGGUGGUUUCCUCGUCGCCAACAACACCGAGCUUGAGGCUGUCGACCAAUUCCCCAAGCUCAAGACUAUUGCCGGUGCGCUGGACUUCCGUGGUGUCUUCGAGAAUGUUACCUUCCCCGCUCUGGGAGAUGUCCGUGGCGGCGCCAACGUCGAGUCUAGCACCCAGGAUGACACUCUCUGCAAUGCUUUCAACCGUGCAUCGGACCGUGGUAUCAUCAAGGGCAAGACCUCGUGCAAGGUUAACGAGGCCAACUCUCAAACCAACGGCAGCAGCACCUCCAGCGGCGGUUCAUCCUCGAGCUCCUCCAGCGCGGCCGACUCAUCCAUCUUCGACCCCAGCGCUCCUCUGACUGGUCUCAGCGCCAUCAUUGCUGCCAUUCUGUUCAUCUAA